GUGUAGGCUACUGCUUAACUACGCACGAACGUGACCAAAUCCGCCUGUUAAAUAUCUCUACCUGCGCGAGAGCCACAUGAGGAUUUUUUUUUUAUUAUGAAUAAAAAUGGAUCAUUUAUAAUAUCCGGAGUUUUAAUGAACUAUAUAGUAAGUCCAAGUAUUCUUUGAAGACGAGUCGGAAUGCUUAGGAAGGAGACCUCCCGUUCAUACCAAGAAGUAAGUUCUGUUAUGGCCACUGACGGAUUUUAAUUGAUUAUUGAUUUCAUGUCAUUAUCAAUGACUUUCCAAUUGGUAUCUAUCUGUAUUGAUCGAUGACUUUUCAGGAAGUUGGGGGGAAAUAUUGGGACUAACCUCUAGGAGCGGAUCCUUGUAUAGAAACAAGAUCAUGUGACUUACAGCUGAUUUAAGACUUUUGCUCUACUAUUAGAGUAGUGGACUUGAAAGUCUACAGACCCACCUGUCUGCUUUUGGAUCUGGAAGUGGAAGACACUGUACUUUAUGUGCACUAAUACUUUGUGUUAAAUCAACCAUUAAUAGUACAAAUCUGUACCUUUUUAUUUGAUACAGUUCAAUGACGAGGAGGAAGAACUACAAACCCCAGACUUCUACCAAGACAAUGGCAGUGCCAACUGUGGCCUGGAAGAGCCAGAAGAAUCCAUUGCCAGUGUUCUACCAGGUUCUAUUAUUUUUUACUAUAUUCAAUUGUAUUAUUUUCUAUUCUAGUCAAUUCUAUUCUAUCCUAUUCUAGUCUAUUCCCAAAAAAUAAUAUUGUAAAGACUACUGUAAUAUUCAUAUCUCUAUUUUAUUACCUAUAAUAUGUCAUUCAUGUCCCUCUCUAGUAUCGAUUAACAAUCUUUCCUUUCCAUUUAAUUAUUUAAUAAUUUGUACCUUUUUAUUGACAUUAUUAUUCCAGAGGAAGACACAGUGAACGGCAACACGUUUACGUUAUUCAACAAGGCCUGUCUGAAGAACGUGUUCACCGUCCUGCUACUGUUCAUCUACCUGGUGUUGACUGCUGUGGCUGUGUUCCUGGCCUACCAAACCAUCACCGACUUCAUGGAGAAGCUCAGUCACCCUGUCAUGUCCGUCACAUACAAGGAGGUGGAUGUCUUCUCUCCCCCAGGUUGGUGCAACUGCUCCAACGUACAGAUCAAGGAUCACCCCCCCCCCCCAAAUCCUAACCUUAACCAUUAGUGGGGUGGGGGGGGGGGGGGGGGUGGGGGGGGGGAAUACAAAACUGACCCACGAUCAGUGCCCGGGGGGUAACUUUACAAUACACCAACAGAUACACUUUACAAUACACCAACAGAUACACUUUACAAUACACCAACAGAUACACUUUACAAUACACCAACAGAUACACUUUACAAUACACCAACAGAUGUGUUUAAUAAAGGUCUCUAUUUAGCUGGAUUUAAGAUGUUGGUUUAGUGUGAAUGCUGAUCAGAGAGAAUAUGAAGCUUUUGGGGAGAGAGAAUAUAAUUAUUAAACAUUAUUAAUUUUUUUACAAAAUGUCAAGCUUAUAUAUUUUUUUUGUUGUUGAGAGAACAUUAAGCUAAUUUUGAUUUAAAUCUUAGUUUUCUUGAUGGAACAUCCUUUUGUGAGCAGGCAUCGCCCUGUACCCUGGGACGGCUCAGCUGUUGAGCUGUCAGCACCACCACCAUGCCCAUAUCCCCCCGCUGGUCACCCCAGGGAAGCCCCAGCCAGGAGACUGUGUCAUGGAGGAGGUGACCUACACUGGCCCCUUCACCAACCACACCGUGGUGAGAACCAUACUACUAUAGACCACUUAUGCACAUUCAUUUGUUUAUUGGUUGGUUGGUUGGUUGGUUGGUUUAUUGGUUGGUUGGUUAAUUUGUGAGAACAACACAUCUAUAGAUAGAACACUGCAACAUUUGUUCAAAGCAUUUUCGUUCAUUCAUUGGUCGCUUGCUUGGUUGCUUGGUUGCUUGGUUGAUUGGUUGGUUGGUUGCUUAGUAAUCUCUCAUGGACAGGCUACAUAACAUAAAUGGUAUUUGACGCAAUUAUGCAAGAUUUUAGUUCUGGGUUUCUGAGAUUAGUUGUUCGUUCAGUCAGUCAGUCAUUCAGUCAUUUAAUAAAUGAAUUCUUUUCCUGGUUGUUGUAGAAGCAAGCCUUGGUGGUCAGCGGUCCAACAGAUGUCAGAAACAGGGAGUUAAUCUUCCUGCAGUUCAGUAAGAACGAGACAGAAGAAGAUUUCAGUGCCAUCACAUACAUGCUCUUCGACAAAUACAACGACCUGUCCAGAAGGUAAAAUACUGGCCCAUUUUAAUACAACGACCUGUCCAGAAGGUAAAGCACUGGCCCAGUUUAAUAUAACGACCUGUCCAGAAGGUAAAAUACUGGCCCAUUUUAAUACAUCGACCUGUCCAGAAGGUAAAAUACUGGCCCAGUUUAAUACAACGACCUGUCCAGAAGGUAAAGCACUGGCCCAGUUUAAUACAACGACCUGUCCAGAAGGUAAAAUACUGGCCCAGUUUAAUACAACGACCUGUCCAGAAGGUAAAGCACUGGCCCAUUUUAAUACAACGACCUGUCCAGAAGGUAAAGCACUGGCCCAGUUUAAUACAUCGACCUGUCCAGAAGGUAAAGCACUGGCCCAGUUUAAUACAUCGACCUGUCCAGAAGGUAAAGCACUGGCCCAGUUUAAUACAAUGACCUGUCCAGAAGGUAAAAUACUGGCCCAGUUUGUUCGUUUAGAGCACAGGUGUCAAACUUAAUUCCUGGAGGGCCGAGUGUCUGCAGGUUUUCACUCCCCCUUAUACUUUAAAAUCCCUGGAUUAGAGUGUAAUAGAGUUUAAAAUCCCUGGAUUAGAGUGUAAUAGAGUUUAAAAUCCCUGGUUUAGAGUGUAAUAGAGUUUAAAAUCCCUGGAUUAGAGUGUAAUAGAGUUUAAAAUCCCUGGAUUAGAGUGUAAUAGAGUUUAAAAUCCCUGGUUUAGAGUGUAAUAGAGUUUAAAAUCCCUGGAUUAGAGUGUAAUAGAGUUUUAAAAUCCCUGGUUUAGAGUGUAAUAGAGUUUAAAAUCCCUGGUUUAGAGUGUAAUAGAGUUUAAAAUCCCUGGAUUAGAGUGUAAUAGAGUUUAAAAUCCCUGGUUUAGAGUGUAAUAGAGUUUAAAAUCCCUGGAUUAGAGUGUAAUAGAGUUUAAAAUCCCUGGAUUAGAGUGUAAUAGAGUUUAAAAUCCCUGGUUUAGAGUGUAAUAGAGUUUAAAAUCCCUGGUUUAGAGUGUAAUAGAGUUUAAAAUCCCUGGUUUAGAGUGUAAUAGAGUUUAAAAUCCCUGGUUUAGAGUGUAAUAGAGUUUAAAAUCCCUGGAUUAGAGUGUAAUAGAGUUUAAAAUCCCAGGUUUAACGAGUAAUAUAGUGUAACCUAAGUGUAUUGAGAUGUGCGUAUAACAACAACCAUUUUUUUCUGCCCUCCACCUCCUGUUAUAGCGUGGAUAAAUCAGCGUUCAUGCAGGCCUGUGAGAGGAACUACUCCAUGAGGACGUUCUCUGGAGGCUUCAGGACCUGGGUCAAGAUGUCACUGGUCAAGACCUCUGGGAAGAAGAACGAGUCCAUGGAGUUCCGGCAAGAGGUCAGUAAUGUUCCUAAACAUUCAGGUUUCCUUAAAUGUUGUCUAUUUUUAUUUAUUUCACCUUUAAUUUUGAUAAGAUUACCUAAAUUAUUAAUUUUAGCAUCUACUGUGGCAGAAAACAUGCGACAUGUUGCAAAGAACACAUUUUCCCUUUACAUGUUCCUGUUGUAGCUGUCAUUUUUUUUUGUCCCUAUUGAGUACGAAAGGUUUUCUACAUCAUGAUGAGAACAUUACAGUUGUCUGUUCUUCCAGUCUAGUGUGGUCAAAUAUAAUGACAAGAGACCUGUAUCAGAGCAAGAAGCCAUUCAGCUUUUCUUUGUUGCGUUUGAAUGGAGGGAUCCCUUUGUACAAGAAGUCAGAGAUGUAAGCGAACAUAUUUAUAUUGCAUUAUUAGAAUAGCAUCUAUUCUAUUUUUCUAUAUUCUGUUUUAUUCCAUUCUAUCCUAUUCUACUGGUGUAGUUUUUUUUUUUUAUCCUAUCCCUGCUCUGAGGAAUAGGCGUAUAACUAACAACGAAAUAUUUUUUACCCAUGUUUCUCCACAGAUCGUGACAGCCAAUCCGUGGAAUACAGUAGCCAUUCUGUGUGGCGUGUUCAUGGCUCUGUUCAAGGCUGCUAACUUUGCCAGUUUCAGUGUGAAAUGGGUCAUUAAGAUUCGUAAGAGGCACCUGAGAAACAGAAACAAGGAACUGAACCACAUCGGCUCAGAGAGACAUAGUAGCUAAUACUCAUAUUAAUAGAAUAGAAUAAUCACUUUAUUUUUCCCGUGAAGGAACUUCUUUCAACCAAUCACCGAGGCACUUGCUUUUAAUGGCAAAUAUUGCCCAGGUUUUAAAAUGUUGUUUUGGGAUCAUCACAUCAGAUUUUGUACGUAUAAAUAUUGAUGAGAUGGUAACGUGUUACGAUUUUAGACAACUCAACCAAAGGUCAAAUUCACAAUGAUUUUUGUAGCAUUCCAAAAUGUUACUGGGAAAUAUGAUUGGAAAUUGUAUUUAUGAAUGUUAUGAAACUGUUGCUGAGGAAAACUUGUUUCUGAACCAUCAAAAACUGACAUGAACUGUAGGCCUAUCAAGAUAAAUUCCUCAGUUUACCUGCCAUAACAUUCUUAAAUCUGAGUUUAAAUUGAGCAGUGAGAUAUUUUAAAACGUGUAUUAUUUUUAGAAUAACUUAAAUUGUUAAGUAUCUUAUCGCCUCUGGAUAUUUUAUGUAUAUAAAAAAAAAAUGUAAAGGGAACAAAUUGUAAAAAGGGAACAGUGAGUAGUGCUUACCAAAUGUGGACCAUGAUGCAAUUGCUUAUUUGUUUGUUUUUCCGUGGUUUGUUUCCCUUUUACAAAGAAUGAAUGUAUAUAGAAUGAAGGAGUCAGUUUUAACUUUAUAUCUCACUGGAUUACUCAUACGACUGAACGACAGACUCAUACGACUGAACGACAGACUCAUACGAC